AUGCGCUUCGCCAAGGAUGCUGAGCUUCUCCAGUACAUGGUGCCCGGCAGUACACUUGCUGAUAUUGUGUCCUCGGAGGAUGAUGACGACUACGACGCGUACUUCGACGCACCCAAGGCGAAAGCUGAAGGGGUCUCCGGCGUGGUGCCGGGUGAAGACUCCACCGGGACCGGCACGAACGCGCAAGGUGCGGCGACGUCGCUUGCCAAGUUCCAGCCCGCCCAGCACAAGAAUGCGGAUGCAAAGGUGCUCAACAGAAUACGCAUCGAUGACUACUACGACGGCCACGGCAGCGGUGGCGGCGCGAGCGGUGGUGCGCAGUCCAACCAACGCGUCCUGAAUGAACUGCGGGAUAUGACCAUGUCUAGUCGCUUCUCUCAGAACGCCGCGUCGAAGAACGUCGAUCGCUCCGAGCGCGCCACGGUGGAAAACGUGCUCGACCCCCGCACCCGCCUGAUCUUAUACAAGCUCGUGAACUCCGGCAUUCUAAGCGAGAUCAACGGAUGCGUUUCCACUGGGAAGGAGGCGAAUGUGUACUACGCCGUGAGCGGUGACGGCAGUCCAGCCGCCCUGAAGGUAUACAAGACGUCAAUUCUGUCCUUCAAAGACCGCGACCAGUAUGUUUCAGGCGAGUUCCGCUUUCAGCGUUACUGCAAGAGCAACCCACGAAAGAUGGUGCGCACGUGGGCUGAGAAGGAGGCCCGCAACCUCAUCCGCCUGCAAGACGGCGGUGUCCUCGCACCGGCAGUGAAGCUGCUCCGGCAGCACGUCCUGAUCAUGGAGUUCCUCGGCGAGGACGGAUGGCCUGCGCCGCGGCUGAAGGAGGUGACAUUCCCCUCCGCUAAGGCGCUAGACAAGUGCUACCUGGACCUGUGCUGCACGAUGCGCAAGAUGUACGCGCGAAGUCAUCUGAUCCACGGUGACCUUUCCGAGUACAAUCUGCUGCUGUACCGCGGUCGCGUCGUGGUGAUUGACGUGUCGCAGUCUGUCGAGUACGACCACCCGCGCUCCAUGAGCUUCUUGAGGCGCGACAUCGUCAACGUGAACAGCUUUUUCCGCUUGCGGGGGCUGACGGGGCUGUUCAGUCUGCAGGACCUUUUUCAUUUUAUUACGGCGGAUCCGGCGAAGUCCGGAUGGCAGCGCUGCCAGGGCCCGCCGAACGACGAGGAGCUCAUGGCACGACUGAAGGAGAUCCGCGACGGCUACGGGGGAGGUGGCGCCGUGCCAGUCGAUGCGGAGCAGGCGAAGGUGGAUGAGCAGGUUUUCCUAAGCAUCACAGUCCCGCGCUCCCUCAACGAGAUAUGCGACCGUGUUGGACCGAACAAGGAGGUUGCCGUGUUUGUUGAGGGCAUGACGGCUGCUCCUGCAGCUGCACAGACAGAGGACCACAGCGGCGCCGACGGUGAAGACGAUGAGCAUGACGAUGACGAGGACUCCGAGGCGGACGAUGUCGACUCACCGAUGAAGGCGAAGGCGCCUCCUCAGGCGGUGUUGGCAAACAUGACCAAGGAGGAGCGCAAGGAGCAUCGGAAGGCCGUGAAGGAGGCCAACCGCGAGAAGCGUGCCGAGAAGAAGAAGAACAACGCCAACAGGAAGAAAAAGGGGCGAAAGUAG